UCGCGCCCAGAGCUCGCCGCUCUCGCACCUCCUCCAUGACAACACCAAAAGCCGGCUCCGUGUUCUCGCUCGGAAUUCCCCAAAAUGCCGUCGCAGUUCCUCGCUAAUCCCUCCCUCGUCCCCUCCUCCGACCUCCCCCUCAGCGACUCCAUGGCCGCCGCCGGCUCCUCCUCGUCCCCCUCGCGGUACCCCAAAAUCUGGAACUACCUCUGGAUCCCCCUCUUGAUCUCCUUCUCCAAGGAGCUAGCCCUAGCCAAUGCGGCCGACUGCCCCGCGCCCGACCCCAAGCUUAACUUCCGGCCGGUGAUCGGGAUCCUCAGCCACCCCGGGGACGGCGCCUCCGGCAGGCUCAGCAACGCGUCCGACGCCUCGUUCAUCCCCGCGUCGUACGUGAAGUUCGUCGAGUCCGCCGGCGCCAGGGUGAUUCCGUUGAUAUAUAACGAGCCGCGGGAGGUUCUCCUCGAGAAGCUCAACAUGGUUAAUGGAGUGCUCUUUACUGGUGGGUGGGCUAGCACCGGAUUGUAUUAUGAGACUGUGGAGGCAAUUUUCAAGAAAGUUUUGGCAAAGAAUGAUGCUGGUGACCACUUCCCAUUGUAUGCCGUCUGCUUGGGCUUUCAACUAUUGACAAUGAUAGUCAGCAAGGACAAAGGCAUUCUCGAGGAAUUUAAUGCUGCACAUCAAGCAUCCACUCUACAAUUUAUGAGAAACACAAACAUUGAAGGAACAGUAUUUCAAAGAUUUCCACCAGAUUUGCUUAAAAAGUUGAGUACAGAUUGCCUUGUCAUGCAAAAUCAUCAUUAUGGCAUCUCGCCAGAAAGAUUGAUGCAGAGCACUGACUUAACGAAUUUCUUUAAGGUCUUGACAACCAGCACAGAUAGAGACGACAAGGUCUAUGUCUCCACAGUCCAAGCACACAGUUACCCUGUAACUGGUUUCCAAUGGCAUCCAGAGAAAAAUGCUUUUGGAUGGGGUUUGUCUAUGAUACCACACUCAGACAAUGCUAUUCAAGUUACACAGCAUGUAGCAAACUUCUUUGUCAGCGAGGCUAGGAAGUCAGUAAACCGGGCUUCUGCUCAGAAAGUGCUUGACAAUCUCAUAUAUAAUUACAGUCCCACGUAUUGGGGGAAAGCAGGGAAGGGAUAUGACGAGGCUUAUAUCUUCACAUGAUUGCGAGGCCCCAUUUUUCACGGACGUCGAGUCUCCUAUGCUGAAGAAGGCGCCGUACUGAAUUGCUCGAAAUCAUAAAUUUUCUCUUCCAUGCAAAUGAGAUUAUGAGAUGCAUGGACAUUAUUAUUUUAAUGGCAAGUGUUGAACAUUGUCCUAGUUAUCUGAACUUGAACUAUGCAUAUGAUUUGU